AUGGCCGAAUCAGAUUCAUCGCAGCCACCACCUCCACAACCACAGCCGAAUCAGGUGGGCGUCACACAGCCAUCGCAGGCCGUCGCGCAGGAGUCCGCGAGUCCAGCGCCAAAGGCCAGCAGUUCGGCUUCGCCACCGUCACAGGCACAGAUAUCUCAAGCUCUACCACAGGAUACAACUGCUUCAGCAGAUCAAGACAGCUCUGAGCCGGUGAUCAAGCAGCAGUCGCCCAGCUCUAAUCCGUCUGAACCUGCUGUGGCUGCAACCGGAGAAGGAGGGAGUACAUCAUCGCCGGCAAAGGAUGGUGAUAUAAGGCCUCAGGGGACUGAUAUCAAAGACACCAACGCUACGGAAGACAUCACCAUGGGGGGAACAGAGCCGGAAGCUGAAGAGACUACGGUGCCAGAGGCGGCUGGCGGUACUGCUGGCGGUGCUGCUGCUACCUCAACGGCAACCGUUGCUCCAGGCAUUCCUGAGCCUGCGCCUGGUCUAACCGGGCUCGAGUCGAUAGUACCUCCCUCGAAGAAAGACACUAGCCUGAGAGAGUUUCUCAGCCAGAUGGAUGACUAUGCGCCUAUUAUUCCAGACGCCGUUACUGCUCACUAUCUGACCGUUGCAGGCCUCCCGCCACCAGGACCUGGACCAAACAACACUCCCCCUCAUCUUGCCCGCCUGUUAGCCCUGGCAACACAGAAGUUCAUUGCAGACAUUGCUGCGGAUUCUUACCAAUACUCCCGAAUCCGUAGCUCUAACAGUGCAUCGUCUAAUAACCCCAUGGGCAGCAUAAAUGUCACCGCAGGUCUAAGCAGCGCAGCUCAGGGUGGUCAGCCAGGUGGUGCGGGGGCUGCUGGUGCUACCGGUACUGGCGAAGUAUCUACCAAGGGAAAAUCCGGUGCUGGUGGUCUGCACCUUGGUGUUCAACGUGCUGGCUUUGGAGGCGGAGGCCAAGGAGGCUCUCAAGGAAAGACCGUCCUGACUAUGGAAGACUUAGGCAUGGCUGUUGGUGAGUAUGGAGUUAGUGUGAAGAGGGGUGAGUUCUACCGGUAA